CGAACCAAAACUUUAAUCUUCAUUUUCAGGAACAUUCUUUUUUCUUUUUUCCCCCAAAACUUUCGUUUCCUUCAUUGUUAAUCUCACCCAGAUUCCCGUUCCCUCGGUUUUGGCCCUUUUUCUCCUGUAUGCGUUAUUGAGUUAGUGAUUAGGCUAUUGAUCAUUUGCAGAUAAACUCCAAAAAGAAUAAGAAGAGAUUCUUUGUUUCUUGUCGUAACCAUUGUUGUUGAAUCGGAUCCUCGUUGUGGCUGAUAUGCAGGGGAAUCUAAAUUGAGAACCUUUUGUCGUGCCUGUUUGAUCUAUGGGUUGGUGUCAGAUUCUCUUGAAUUUUUCUCAAAUAGCUUGAAGAUGAUAUGUUAAUGGGAUAUUAAGAGCACAAUGGAUCUGAAACUGGGGAUAUAUAUAUUAUUGUGAAUUAAGACAAGGGUUUGUGCAGAAGAAGAAGAUAAAAAGACUUCGUUCGUCUGCGUUCUGUUUUUUUGUUGAUAUAUAAGAGAUUGUACAGAGGAAGAAUGAAUAUGACUUUUGCUUUUCUUGUUUUGGUUUCUUGAGAGAGAAUGGAGAAUCCGGGUAGGGAUAGAUUCCACGGUAAUGAAGACAAUGUUUACAUUCAGACAAGGGAGGCGUUUUCAGAUGAGUUCUUGAAGGAUUAUAGUGCUCAAAGGAAAACACAAGUAGCUUCUAAAAACGUUGAGAGCAGUCAUAACAACCGAAUAGUUUACGAGGAUCUCAAUCGAAUCCUCGGGAUUCAGAGAGUUGAUUCAGGCGUUUCAGAUGUUUCAGACUCGUCUUCGAUGUAUCGGACCGCUUCAAAUGUUUCUUUGCCGGAGAAACUGAAGCUUCUUUGCAGUUUCGGUGGAAGGAUCUUACCAAGGCCUGGUGAUGGGAAGCUUAGGUACAAUGGUGGAGAGACUCGGAUCAUCUCGACGUAUAAACAUGUUGGUUUAAACGAGUUGUUGCGAAAGACUUACGCUAUAUGCAACCAUCCUCAUACAAUCAAGUACCAGUUACCAGGAGAAGAUCUUGAUGCACUGAUCUCCGUUUGCUCGGAUGAAGAUCUUUUUCAUAUGAUUGAAGAGUAUCAAGACGCUGAAGACAAGGCUGGUUCCAAGAGGAUAAGAGUGUUUCUUGUGUCUCAAACUGAGCUAGAAAACAGGAACAUAGGCCAACAACAUUAUCAGUACGUUUCAGCUCUUAAUGGUUUCUUGGAUGUGAGUCCUGAAAAGAGCUCCAGCGAGCAAAGUCAAGCAACAACACAGUUUGGGAAUGCUUCAGAUUAUAGCCCUACGUUUAGUCAUCGAGACUCGCCUGCUUCUUCUGUUCAUCAUAUUCCUGCGAUUCAGAUACCAAGGAACUCAUAUGGCCAACAGUCUCCUCCAUCGUCUCCGUUUUCAGCUCACAAGAGAGCUAAUACCGACAUUCCUUACUUUGUUAAUCCAUUCUAUGAUACUAAUGUUCCUUACAUGGCUUCUCCAAACUUUCCACAUCAGAAUCCUUUCUUCUUUGAGACUACUACUAAGCAGAUACAGAAUGACCAAGAAAGGAACUUUCACAGGAGCCCAAGUGGGGAUGUUUUUCCUCAUCCUCAAACCGGUGAACCUUAUACCGGGUCUGAGAAACCGGUGCUGAGGAAAAACGCUAUCUCUGAUCCACAGUUGCAUGAUGAGAGCGAGAUCAGCAACCGGUUAGAAUCAAUCACUAAACCUCCAUGGCAAAUGGUGAGAGAGAAAUCACCUUCUUUGGCUAUGUCGUUUUGCUCAGAGAAAUGGGAAGAGAGUGAGUUUUCUUUCAAGAAUCCAGAGUUGGGAAACAACGAGUUUCAAUUCAACAAAGAAGUUCACAACUGGAUGAACAGUGAGGAUCCAAGUUCUUUCGAUCUGGCUUCAAAACAACUUGGAGUAAGUGAAACUAGUAGCUCCUUCAGUCCGAAUUACCAAAGAGCUGUUCAGAUUACUUCAAUCGGUUCACAAGACUCGGGAACCUCUGUGUUCUCCUUAUCUGCCAAUGCCAACGAGAAUCUUGCUGAUGGUUUGACCAGAGAAGACGGUUUAAAUUUUUUUGAACUUCCGGUUAAGAAAGUGGAAAGUAAAGAAGAUGUGAAGAGAUCAUCAGAUGCUCUUUGCAAGGAUAAACUUCUUGGUCCACCAGUCAUAGUUGAAGAUGUGGCGAAUGUUAUAACUUCAGAUGUACCUUUAGAAGCUACUGUUGUUCCUCAUGUACAUAGUGAGUUAGAUGAUAAAAAGUCAUAUACAAGAGAAGGAGAGAAUACAAGUAUUGGUUCUGAAUCCGUAAUGGAGGAAAAGUAUAAAGAAGGCAAAAAUACUGACAAAUCAAUCGGAGAGAUGAUUGAAGCUGAAGCUGGAAUCUAUAACUUACAGAUUAUAAAGAGUAUAGAUCUCGAGGACUUACACGAGCUUGGAUCUGGGACAUUUGGAACUGUUUAUUACGGGAAGUGGAGAGGAACUGAUGUUGCUAUCAAGAGGAUAAAGAACAGCUGUUUUUCUGCUAGAUCAUCCGAACAAGAACGACAGACGAAAGAUUUCUGGAGAGAAGCUCGGAUCUUGGCGAAUCUUCAUCACCCAAAUGUGGUGGCCUUUUAUGGGGUUGUACCAAAAGGACCUGGUGAAACUAUGGCCACUGUGACUGAGUUUAUGGUGAACGGAUCUUUGAGACAUGUCUUGCAGAGAAAAGAUAGGUCGCUUGAUAGGCGCAAAAAGCUGAUGAUAACUCUAGAUGCUGCGUUCGGCAUGGAGUAUUUACAUAUGAAGAAUAUUGUUCAUUUCGAUCUAAAAUGUGAUAACUUGCUUGUUAACCUGAGAGAUCCACAACGACCAGUAUGCAAGGUUGGUGAUUUUGGAUUGUCGAGAAUAAAACGCAACACGCUUGUGUCUGGUGGAGUUAGAGGAACACUUCCAUGGAUGGCACCAGAGCUAUUAAAUGGAAGCAGCAACCGCGUCUCUGAGAAGGUGGAUGUUUUCUCAUUUGGUAUUGCGAUGUGGGAGAUUUUAACAGGCAAAGAACCUUACGCAGAUAUGCAUUGUGGUGCCAUCAUUGGUGGGAUUGUGAACAAUACGUUGAGACCUUCGGUGCCGGAAAAAUGUGAUAAUCUAUGGAGAGAGUUGAUGGAGCAAUGCUGGUCGUUUGAUCCGGCGAUACGGCCGUCGUUCACGGAGAUUAUUGAUCGGCUCCGGUCAAUGUCAGCUGCCUUGCAAUCCAAGCGACGAACUUAAGCCGUCAGAUGAAGUAAAAAAGAGGAAGAAUCAUCAUUGUAAAGCUGUAAAGAUUAAAAGGGUGGUUUUUGUAAAUCUGAAACUUUGUUGUAAAUUAGUAAAUAUACAUAUACAGACACGUGGCAGUUUGUAGUUAGAGGAAUGUUGUUGGUACUAUUUCUGUAAAAACAGAAAGUCAUAUGUUUGCUUCCAAAAUUCAAAUAUUUUUCUAUUAGUAAUCGAA